AUGUUGUCCAGACACAGUAUUCUGGCCCUUCUGUCCUUACUUCUUGUAUCCCAGGUGCAAGCUCAAAGCGAGCCCAUACCUUCCACGGGAACCUGUUCCAACCUCACCGAUGUUUUCGGCAAUUCGAGCCACUCCUGGCCUUGUGUCGUCGAGAAUGCUGAGCAAUGCAGCCCACAGAACAACUACACGACUUUAUUCUAUAAGCAACUCAAUGAGACUGGUCUUGCAGUAGGCAAAGAUGCUGCCAGAAUUGUCAAGGUGUGGCCAUACGAGAGUUGUCGUGAGACUGACGCUUCCCCAUGGUAUGGAUUCAGCUGCCAGAGUAAUGGAUCGAUGUACAACAUCCCUGCCGGGAUCAAGAGUCUCUCUGUCGUGGAUAGGUGGCACUCUAACAACGAGGAUGAAGGUCACUGCUGGACCUUGGCUGAGGAUGGUCGCACCUCUGCGGCUUCUACUACCUUCCAGGGCUAUUUUGCAGCGAUGAUGGCUGCUAUAUUGACUGGCGUGAUCUUGGCUAUGUGA